GGAUGGCGCAGGAUGUGGCUCUUUCUGAGCAGGUAGUGACGUCUGUGUUUGUCACCUGGAGAGCACCACCAGGACAGGUGGAGGGGUACAUGCUUGUUUUUGGCCUGCGGUCUGUGGACAGGAAGUCUUGGAUUGAGGUGCUUGUCCGGGGCACACGUUAUGAGAUCAGCGAUUUGAUCCCGGGAUCCGACUAUGGUGUCAGUGUUCGGAGCGUGCUGGGCUCAGAAACCAGUCAGGCCGUCCACCGAGAGUUUAGCACACGCCCAGCAGGAUUAUGUGCCCUUCAUGUAGAAAACAUGAACUCAUCCUCUGUCUCUGUGAGCUGGGACAGUGCUGUUGGAGAGUUUGACUUUCACAGAGUCACUGUGGCCAACACGUCAGUCACAAACACACUCACCGUGCCCAGGGAGAAGCGGGUUGCCGUGGUUACAGGUCUGGCGGCUGGCUGCAGCUACAACGUGAGCGCUGAGAGAGUGAGAGGGGUGACAGCAGGGAGCGCUGCCUUUCUGAUUGUGACUACAGUGCCAGCCUGUGUGCGAGGCGUGCGUAUCAUGAAUGUGUCUGCACAUGCAUUCUCGCUUCACUGGGAGCAGGCGGUUGGGUGUGUGGAUCACUACCAAGUCACCCUUUUACCAAACCAAGGAAAAGUCACAGUGCUCCCUGAACGCAACGGAUAUAUUGAGGCCGAUGUGGUGAAUGUCAGUCCGGGGACACAAUACAGUGUAACAAUCUCAACAUCCUCCUCCUCCUCCUCCUCCUCAAACAACAUCAGCCCUGGAGUCAGUCGUAUGAUCAACACUAACGAGAGCGUUCCUGGACCACCGUUUGGCCUUGAAGGAGAAGCUGUAGGAUCUAAUGGUAUUCUUCUCUCCUGGACAACGCCAUCUAAUGGCAAUAAUAUUGACGGAUACGUUAUCAGGUACAAGGAGGUGUGUCCCUACCCUGAUCCCACAUUCACACAGGUGACCAAGUACCUGGACGUCCCAGAGACCCUGCUCACUGACUUCACCUCCGGCUCUACAUACCACAUUGAGGUAGCAGCCAUAUCUCCAGCUGGAAUAGGAGCCUUCAGCAAAUCUUUAUACAUCAAGACAGCUGAGUCCCCCCCUGGCCUGGUGACCAACUUGACAGCGUUUUCUCAGAACCACACCUAUGUGUUGGUUACCUGGUUCCUGCCGCACCGCAUCAACGGCCUCAUCACAAAGUUUGCUGUCAAGGCCAAACACGCUCGUACAGGACAGACGGUUCGCACGCUGGAGGUCAAUGCAGAGGACAUCAUGACCGGGGCGCUGCCUCACUGCAAUGAUGCAGCUGAUAUCCUUUCCCGUGCGACUCCCAGUCCUAUGGAGAUAACGGCAUCGUCGUCACCCAUCACCCUCUCCGCCGUGCCCCCUGCAGCUUCCUGGAGUGUGCCGAUAUCAGUAGGGGUUGAUCAGCUACGCCCUUACACCGCAUAUCUAUUCGAAGUGUCUGCCUUCACCUCUGAUGGAGAGGGACAGAUAGCCUCUACUAUGGUCCGCAUGCCAGAAUCAGCCCCAGAAGACUCCCCAACAAACUUCCUUGUGUUGAAUAUGACAUCUAGAUCUAUAUCUGUGUCCUGGAGCUCUCCCAACAUUAUCACAGGAAAAUUCACCUACGUUCUCUACCUUUAUGGACCUACAGGAUAUUUGUAUGAGAACAGCACAGCAGACACGCGAUUUGCUCUGACCGGUUUGAGCCCCUUCACAAGGUACACGUUGGCCGUCAGAGCCAAAGCUUCUGGAGAAGUAGGCCCAGCAGCAGAGAAUGAUGUAAUUACACCUGCAGAAGCUCCCAGUGCAGUGCAGGACCUAAUGGCUGAAGCUGAGGAUUCAGUUUCAAUCCGUGUGAGUUGGAGGAUCCCUGCCCAGCCCAAUGGUCCAAUCGUACAGUACAAACUGCAGGUUCUGUUGGGCGACACCCUGCUGCAGGACAUCACUCUCACUGCUGAAAUGAAUACAACUGAUUUGCAGGAAGAUGAAACUGUUCCCCCUGAUGUCAGUAACAAUCCGGGGCGACGUGUAACAAUGAGAGAGGAGGUGAUGGACUUUUCGUCUGAGGAGUUGUCUUACCUGGUGUCAGAUCUGAAUCCCUUCACCGAGUACAAGUUCAGGGUCACUGCUUCCACACCAGUGGGAGAGGGUCCUGCAACAGAUAUCACUGAGAAGACCAGGGAGCAGGUCCCUAGCUCAGUGCUGGAAGUGUCCUAUCAAAACAUCAGCUCCACCUCCAUACUAGUGAACUGGGCGCCACCGCUUAACCCCAACGGGCGGAUCACACAUUACACCGUCUACGGCCUCAAACUGCACAGUGAUCAGGCCCUCAAGUGGUCUACCGACACUACCAGCAUAUUGAUAACAGAUCUGGACAAGUAUACUGGUUAUAAGCUACGCGUAGCUGCUUCUACAGCCGUGGGAGAGAGCGCCCUGUCGGAGGAAGAUGACAUCUUUGUUUUCACCUUAGAGGACGAGCCUGACUCCCCACCUGUGAACCUCACUCUGGUAGCCACCAGCCCCCUCGCCACCACCUUGGCUUGGUCUGCCCCAGAGCAAGCCAAUGGGAUGAUCCAAUAUUACGAGGUCCAGUAUGAGAACGAGUCCUACUCUGAGUUACUGAACACCUCCUCAAACACAGCAACUCUGAUGAACCUGAAGCCUUUCUCCUACUACAACGUGACUGUGAGGGCUUACACUCGUUACGGCCACGGCAACCAAACGUCAGAAUCUUUGUACCUGCUGUCCGGAGAGGACGUCCCAGGCAGUCCUCCCUAUGACAUCACUUAUGAGUCGGUCAGUCCCAGCGAGGUGAACGUGACCUGGCAGUCUCCUCUGCUGCCUAACGGGGUCAUUACCCACUACAGCCUGCAGCUGUGGAACUCCAGUCACUACCUGAACCUCACCUCCCCAACCAACUACAUCCUCAUUACACAUCUGAGGAAGUACGCUAACUACCGCGUCAUGGUGCAAGCACAUACACGUGUGGGGCCUGGGAACUACAGCAGUGAGCCGCUGAACAUCACUACACUGGAGGAUGUGCCAAGUGACUCAGUGAAAAACCUGACCGCUCAGAUCUUCAGCUCCACUGCCAUCAUCGUCAGCUGGGACCCUCCCCUGGAGCCCAAUGGCCGUCCAACCUACCUGCUCACCUUACAGGAAGCCAGCAUCUUCCCAGACCAAACCUACCAAGGGGCUCCAGCUGUCAACAAGACCAUCAAGCAUAGCACGACUGACACAGUGUUUCUGUUCACCAGAUUGAGGAAAUAUUUCCCCUAUGUGUUGACUGUUACCCCGGCAACUCGUGCUGGCGCGGCCUACAAUCAUACCAGCACAAUGUAUCUGCGGACAGAUGAUGAUAUUCCUAGUUCUGCUCCGGUGCUGGUGUCCACGCAGAAUCUGUCGUCAUCCUCUAUCGCGAUGGUCUGGCUGCGCCCUCUGGAGGCCAACGGGGAGAUAACAGAAUAUACCCUCACUCUGUUCGGCCAAGGGGGCUCCAACACAACUCAAACCCCCAACACCUCGUUCAUCCUCACCAACCUGCUUCCAUAUACACCUUACAACCUCACUAUAACAGCUGCUACGCGUAAAGGCUCAGGACCCUACCUGCUGCUGCAGCUGCACACCGAUGAAGGAGGCCCCAUGUCCCCUCCCCGUAACCUGAGCAUAUAUAACCACACAGCAGUCUCUGUGUGGCUGAGCUGGGAGCCUCCUCUGGAGCCCAAUGGAGUGGUGAUACAGUACGGCUUCAGGAUCCGAGACCUCAUCACACACACCGUCACACACAGGAAUUCCUCUGGGCCGUCGACUAUCGAGAAUCUUUCAGGCUUCAGGCCUCAUAGCUCCUACGAGAUCAGUGUUUACAGUUACACCAGAGUGGGCCAUGGGAAUCAGUUCAGCAGCCCUGUGACCUUCACCACUAACGAGUCAGUGUCUGACGCUGUGGGGAACUUGUCUUGCUCUGGAGUGAGCUGGGAUUCAAUUCAGCUGUUUUGGGAACUUCCAAGCAACCCUAAUGGGCAGAUAAUGUUUUACGAGAUUCUGCUGGAGGUUGACUCGCAGUCACACACACACCAGGCUUACACACCAGAGUACACAGUGACGGGGCUGUCUCCAGACCAGGAGUACGCUCUCACUGUGUCUGCAGUUAACUCUGCAGGACCUGGAGACAGCCUGAACUGUACCGCUUCCACUCUCUCUGAAUCAGCCCCCGCUGCCCCUCGUUUCCUCACCAUAUCUCAGGUCACCUCUAACAAUGUGACACUUCAGUGGGCUGCACCGCUUUCCAUUCCCGGCCUGCUGAAAGAGUACCAUGUCAUUGCACAGCUGCUUUCCACUGUUUGCGAACCAAACACAAUAACUACGGCACAGCCGGCCCCAGAGGACGAGCUGACCUCACACUGCAUAGAAUCUAAUGUCGCAGUGUCGGUGAAUGCUUCGGACGACAUUGGUGGUAGCCUCAGCGCCACACUCGAAUCCCUGGCUAAGUACCGAUACUACCGCUUCAAGGUGGCUGCUGUGACCAACGCUGGGGUUGGAGAAUAUACACACUGGAAUUAUGCACGCACCUUGGCUGGAAACCCUGAUGACCCUCCCCAGGACCUACAAGUGACCGCCACCUCCAGCGGCCUUUACAUCACAUGGAACCCUCCAGCUGUUAUCUCUGGACCCACUUCCUAUCUUGUGCAGGUGGAUGGUCCCGGUUUGAACGUUUCUACAGUCCGGGCUCCAGGAGAGUUGACGACGGUUGUUGUGACUGAGCUCACUGCUUUCACUCGUUACCAUGUGACGAUCACUGCCUUUACCGGUCCAUUGGAGCAUGCUGCCAUCGAUGGAAAAGCUAUCGGGCCGAUUGAAUUUCAAACGCUGGAGGAGGAGCCCAAGGACCCUCCCAAGAACGUGGUAGUAUCAGUCAUACCAGAGAUGGUGAACCAAGUGAAGGUGACCUUCACCCCUCCAGAGGAGCCCAAUGGAAACAUUACAUCCUACUUUGUGUACAUCUACGAAAAGGACCAACUAGUCAAGAACAUCAGCCUUAAUGUGACCCACAGAGACCAACACAUGCUGACCGCUGUCAUUGAGGGUCUAAAGGGAGGACACAGCUACAGCAUACAGAUUUCAGCUAAGAACGGGGCAGGUCUAAGCCCACCCAGCUCUCAAGUUCGUAUAACUACAGGGAUCACAGCUCCGGCCAAGCCAACGCAAAGACCCCAGGCAGUGCUGGGCCAUGGAGGGGUUGCCAUGGUAACCCACAGGAGUAUCACCAUCCGCAUGCCUGCCUGUUUCUAUAGUGACGACAAUGGACCAAUCACAAAAAUUCAGGUCAUCGUGGCCGAGUCAGGGGUGAAGGACAUCCAGAACCUGACCAACUGGAAGAAUGCAUUCUUCCAUCGACCUGCCCCUUACCUGACUGACAUGGGGUUCCCCAACCCACCGUGUCCUCUGGGGGACGAGGUGCAGCGCACGGACGCACACGUCAGAGGUGGUCGCAGUGUGUCUGCACGUGGCCGGCCCACAGUGAGGAACAAUAACACCACAGCAGGAACCUACGUGAUCGGAGGGAACAAUGACUGUAUAAAGGAGAACAACACUGAUAAUUUCUGCAACGGACCUCUGAAGCCAAAAACAGUCUAUGUGUUUAAGUUCAGAGCCACUAAUAUAAAUGGCCAAUACACAGAUUCCGUGUACUCGGAGCAUGUCAAGACUUCAGUGGACGGGCUGUUGACCAGAGAAGAGCAGAUCAUUCUGGGGGUUUUGCUCUCCGUCACCUUGGCUGUGUUGCUCAUCGUUAUCAUCUGUGGCUCCGUCAAGAUCCAUCAGCGCAAGAAGGAGGGCGGGACUUAUUCACCCAGAGAGGCAGAGAUCAUAGAGACCAAGUGUAAACUGGAUCAGCUGAUUGCUGUGGCAGAUCUGGAGCUCAAACAAGAAAAACUCAACCGGUAUUCUUCCUUCUUCUUUAGACGGAAAGAGAUUUAUGUGAUCCAGCUGCUCAGCUACAGGAAAUCACUCAAGCCUGUCAACAAGAAGUCUUUCCUGCAGCAUGUGGAGGAUCUGUGCGCCAACGACAACUCCAAGUUCCAGGAGGAGUUUGCUGAGCUACCAAAACUGCUGCAGGACCUGGCCACCACCGAUGCUGACCUGCCCUGGAACAAAUCCAAAAACCGCUUCCCAAACAUCAAACCUUACAAUAACAACCGAGUGAAACUGCUGUCAGAACCGGGCACUGCGGGCUCUGACUUCAUCAACGCCAGCUUUGUGUCAGGCUACCUUUGUCCAAACGAGUUCAUAGCCACCCAGGGUCCUCUGCCGGGCACAGUGGCAGACUUUUGGAGGAUGAUCUGGGAAACAGGAACCCGCACCAUCGCCAUGCUCACGCAGUGUUACGAGAAAGGCAGAAUUCGGUGUCACAAGUACUGGCCAGAGGACAAUAAGCCGAUGUCGGUGUUUAGUGACAUUCUCAUCUCAAAAGUGUCAGAGGAAGUCCUUCCUGACUGGACUGUCAGAACCCUGAAAGUAGAAAAGCAUGGGCACUACAUUCUGGUUCGCCACUUCAACUACACAUCGUGGCCUGAGCACGGAGUCCCAGAGUCCUGCAGCACUCUCAUCAAGUUUGUCAAAGCUGUCCGAGCCCACAGGCACGACAACACCACUAUAGUGGUCCACUGCAGUGCUGGUGUGGGCAGAACAGGUGUAUUCAUCGCUCUCGACCACCUCAUUCAGCACGUCAGAGAUCAUGACUUUGUGGAUAUUUACGGCCUGGUGGCCGAACUCCGCAGCGAGAGGAUGUGUAUGGUACAGAAUCUGGCCCAGUACAUCUUCCUGCACCAAAGUACGCUAGAGCUUCUAAACAACAAAGGCAACAGCCAGUCCAUCUGGUUUGUCAGCUAUUCUGCCCUGGAAAAGAUGGACUCCCUGGACGCUAUGGAGGGUGAUGUUGAGCUGGAAUGGGAAGAAACCACUAUGUAAAGACUGACUGAGAGACACCUUUUCCUGAGAGAGAGUAACGCUUGUCGGGAGGCGGUCUGUGCGAUGGACCCAACUGCUCCACUACACAACAUUAGAGGGAGGUGCAGGAGAAACAGGAAGCGAACAGCACAGUUUAAACUGAGCGAUCUGUCAGACGACUCUGUUCCUCCACCUCAACCCACUUUUCUGCAGAUUACCCCCUUUAAUAAACCUCUUGUCCACUUGUUUUCAAAGACAGUGAGAAACAAAAGGGAGACAGAAUUUCAGGAACGUUGAAAGCGGUGAGCUGACUGUGAGAGCUCUAUGACAUCUGUAAUCUUACAGGCAUUUUGCACAAACUGAUUCCACUGUGUAUUGUAAUUAUUGUACUAUGUUGAUAUCAUCUAUGUUUUUGUAAGAUAAUUUAUUCAGCCAGCCAAAAUGGUGUUUUGUUUCAAUCUCUUGAUAAAUCUGACGAAGAGUCGACAAUAUUUACGUUUUGUUUAUCCUUUCUCAAGAGUGAUUUGCAAAAAUAAAAGCAACUUGUAUUUUU